AAAAAAAUGGCAGAUGUGAUAGUAAACGAGCAGGAACUCAUGAGGUUUGGAACACAAUGUUUGAUGUCUGCAGGUUCAUGCGAGGAACAUGCCUCGAAGCACAUAGCAGUAUUAAUUGAAGCAGACCGCAGGGGGCAUUACAGUCAUGGAUUCAAUAGGCUUAGAGGACAUUAUGUUGCAGAUAUAAGAUCAAAGAUCUGUUCCCCGAAUAGUAUUCCUAGUAUUGAGAAGGAAACUGUCUCGACAGCAGUUGUUAAUGGAAACAACUCAUUAGGUGCGGUAGUUGGUCACUUUGCCAUGGAUCUAGCAAUAUCUAAAGCAAAGGAGACAGGAGUUGGAUGGGUCACCGUCAGAGGGUCAAAUCAUUUUGGGAUAGCUGGACAUUAUGCAAAGAAGGCGUUAGACGAAGGAAUGAUAGGAUUGGCAUUCACGAAUGGAUCUCCAUAUGUAGCUCCGACUAGAAGUGCUACACAGCUCCUGUCAACCCUACCUAUAGCUCUAGCUGUUCCAGCAAAUAAUGGAGAUCAUAUGUUGUUGGAUAUGGCAACAUCUAGUGCUGCUGUUGGAAAAAUGGAAUUAGCAAAAGCUCUGGGUAAACCAAUACCACAGGGCUGGGCGCUUAACAAGUCUGGUAAACCUACGACGGAUCCAGUAGAAGCCCUGCCUAGUGGGGGUGGGACAGGUCUGCCUUUGGGAGGGGAAGAGGAAACUAGUGGAUAUAAGGGAUAUGGCCUCGGAUUGAUGGUUGAGAUUUUUUGCGGAAUUUUGAGUGGAUCAGACUGGGGCCCUCAUAUUCGAAAAUGGAAGAUUCAGAACCAAAUAGCAAACUUGGGACAAUGUUUUAUAGCUUUAGAUCCUUCAGUAUUUACACCAGGCUUUCAGGAUAGAUCUCAGUCCCUGCUAGAUACAUGCAGAGGACUUGUACCUUUGGAUCCAAACCUAGCAGUAAUCAUUCCUGGAGAUAG